UGUGGUUGAAGUCGCCAGCAACAAUAAAAGCAGCCUCGGGGUGUUUAUUCUGGUGUUUGUUAAUGGCUGCAGAAAGUUCUUUCAUGGCCAACCUAGCAUGAUUCCAUACAUUUUCAGUGAAAAUGACUGGCACUAAAAAAAAUGAAUGAAGAAGACAGAACAAAAGACACACUGUAGAAUAUAGUCAGAGAUAAUAAUAACUAAUGAUUAAAUGUAUAACAUAAAUGUCUACAUGUUACUACACUAGAAAGAUGUACAGUGCUGCUGAGAUGGUUACUUUUUUGGAUUGCAGCACAAGACCAGUAGAGUUCUGUUAGAGUGAAAAUGGCUCAGGUUGCCUGGACAGCUUUCUAGCAAACACAGUAUUAGUACUGAGGGCGAUGCCCAAUCUAAUUCAGAUUCCAUACAUUUUCAGUGAAAAUGACUGGCACUAAAAAAAAUGCUGUAAUAGAUGGCAGUCUGCCAUUUGGUACUAAUGAAGGAAUAUACAGUUGUUUUACACCAGCGGUCCCCAACCUUUUUUGCGCCAUGGACAAGUUAAUGUCUGACAAUAUUUUCACGGACCGGCCUUCAAGGUGUCAUGGAUAAAUACAACAAAUAAAACCAGUACCAAAAGAAUAACACACAGGAAAAAAUGAGUUAAUGAUAAAAAUGAUUUAAAAAACGAACAAUAAAGAAACCCUGAAUUUCACACCUGAGCCCAGGGGUUGAGGACCGCUGUUGUACACCACUGGUGAAGUGCUCAGUGUGGGAUAGUGAGUGAUAGUGAAUUCAUUUUAAACUUUAUCAAAACGCUAAUCAGUUUAUUUAGUUAUUUUUUAUUAGUGCAGUUUUUGGUUGAAUUCCAGGUAAUGAAAUGUCAGCUAUUCCAUAAAUGAUUUUACUACUGAAUAAUAUCUUUUUACACAGCUAAAUUUAACUCAUACAUGAAAAUAUACCAGUGGUGGUGAAACGCACGUAGUGCAGUGUUUCACCAUGCAAACUGUCUCACCGUUUAAGUGUUGCAGGAACUAGUUUCCGCAAGUCCAGCCCUAUCAAGGGUUAUCAUCACGUACCACAGCCGAAACCAUGCCACAGAAAAAAUCAUCUCAAACAUGUCCAACAAGACAAAUGACUCAGGGGACCAGGUUUUCUGUUCCCAGCUUGAGAUGAUGAGGAGCCAUGAACUUAAUAACAACACACAGGUCAAUCUGACUGUGGUUUGCAUCCAUGGACUGGUUUCUGGCCUGGGGAUUUUGGAGAAUGCCUUGAUCAUCUGGGUGGUGGGCUUCCGCCUGAGACAACGCACGGUGGCCUCCAUCUGGGUGCUCAACCUGGCCCUGUCUGACUUCCUGGCUACCCUGACGCUUCCCCUGUUCACUUUAUACCUAAACUCUCGUCACAGCUGGGAGCUCGGCAACCCACUUUGCAAAGUGCAGACAUUCAUCUUUUUCUUCAACAUGUUUGUAUCAGCCUUCCUUUUGGCAGCCAUUUCACUGGACCGCUUACUUCUGGUCACCAAGCCAGUGUGGAGCCAAAAUCAUCGAUCAGUAGCGGGAGCGUGGAAAGUGUGCAUAUUGGGUUGGCUAUGGGCAGCAGCUAAUGCAUUGCCAUAUUAUGUUUUCCGCUCAGUGACUGAAACGGAGCAUAAAAGAAAGUUGUGCUAUCACAAUUUUGCCAUGUUUUCCUCAUAUGCCACACUUGAGAGAGACUGUAGCAUGAGGCAGUGGGCCACAGCUAUCUCCAAGCUGCUGCUGGCAUUCAUAUUGCCACUGGCAGUGAUUGCAGGAAGCUACAUCAAAAUUGGUCUCAGUCUGAGAAGCAGGAACAGGAGGAGGAAGCAGAGUGCCACUAGACUAACUGAUGAUCUGAUUACGUUAAACAGAAAUCAAGAAUCAAGAACUACACAUGGAAGAACUGCAGCCACAAAUAAAUUAUCUCUCAAAUUUCUAAUCCCUGGUCCAUCAUUAUCCACUAAAGAAGGCCCCUUGACCCCUACUACCCCUAAUCUGACGAGUCAGAGCCAGCUAUCCCAGAGUUUCACCAAAAUGGUGACAUCUGUGAUUACAGCAUUUGCACUGUGCUGGGCUCCUUAUCACAUCUUUUGUAUGAUCGAAGUGGCAGCCCAAUAUAAUAUAGAACGUCUCAAACUAGUGGAGGUAGGUCUACCUCUAGCUACAACACUGGCAUUCUUAAAUCCAGUACUGAACCCUAUUCUCUAUGUCUUCAGUUGCCCACGUUUCUGUGUAAGAAUACGGCAGAGUCUGGGAGCAGUGUUUGAUGGACUGGUAGAAGAAAGAGGGGUGUUACUGAUGACCCCAGGAAAGAGCUUAAUAAAUCACAUUAGGAGGAGGAGCAGUCGAGAUGUUGGCCUAGGAAUCCCAGCGUCACCCUGUCAGUCACAAGGCACCCAGCCCACCUUCUCAUCAGCUUUGCAGGACAAUAAAGUGGAGCAUAGCUGAGACAUCAAUUGAUUUUUGGCUUUGUGCCUAGGGAAGUGCAUGAAUUACAUUUAAUCAAGCACACGUGCCAUAUAGGUACUGUAAGACAUACACUAUAUUAUUAAAAGUAUUCAUUCUACUAUCCAAGUUAUUGACACACUGCUAAACCUUGUGGAAGAGUUGAAGCUGUUAUAGUUGCAAAGGGUGGACCAACAUCAUAUUAAGCCCACAUUAACUUAAGUUCAUGUGGGUCUGAAGGCAGGCAAUCAAUACUUUUGGCAAUAUAGUUCAACUCAAAUCAAUUCAAUUUAAUUUAUGUAGCACCAAAUCCCAACAACAGGCCCUUCCAAUAAUACAAAGAAAAGCCCAACAAUCAUAUGGCCCCUAUGAGUAAGUGCUUUGGUGACUGUGAGAAAGAAAAACUCCCUUUUCAUAGAAUUAAAUAAUAAUGUGUAAAUGUAUGGUUUGUGUUGUGUUUGUGCAGGAAACUAUAGUUAUCCAUAUGGUACGGUGCUUUGUUCCUGACUGAAAUCACUGCUCGCACUGUUGCUGAAGUUUCGAGACCUGAAACCAAACAUUUCCAUGUUAACAGUGACAUCAUUGAUUGUUCCACCAAUCAGUGUUUUGAUGUAGGAUUGUAAGAAGAGUAGUUCAAGAACAUAUUUUGUUAAAAAAAAACAAAAAAAAACUAUUAUCACAAUAUUUGCGGAUUCUAAAUUAACAUUUGGAUAUGGGAAACGAUACAUCAUCAACAACUAUAUAGUUUUGUCAGUAAUCAGUGAAGUUACAUUUCAAAUGUUUUUAUAUAGCCUUUUAAAAUUGUACUACAUUGUCACUACUACCCCUGAAUGGUGAACCUGAAAAGAUCAAUACAUCACCUUGUGCAUGUGACUGAAAACUGGGAAAUGUAUAUCCUUCUGAUUUAGUGCAAGACCGUGUUGAUCUGUAGUUAACUUUCCCGAGCACUAUCUUGAGGUCAAAAUCCAGUUCGUACAGUAGAAAAUACAGUUGCCUACUCUAUGUAAUGUAAAAGUUCUAAACCUUAGCAUUCAUGCACAGUUAUUAACAUUGUAAAUGUGUCAGUAGUAGAAUUUCAAGUAUUUUUAUACUUAUCUUUUUAUAACGAUGUAUAGCAGCUAAUGUUUAAAUAAAAAGCUAUAAUUGUUUGUAUCACUUUGAUAGAACUUUGGUAUUAAACUCAUGACCAUUUAAAUGACUGGUUGAAUUUAGAGUGGAAUUUAGCUUGUUUGUCUUUUCAAUCAACCUUUUUGAGAUAGAUAGAUAGAUAGAUAGAUAGAUAGAUAGAUAGAUAGAUAGAUAGAUAGAUAGAUAGAUAGAUAGAUAGAUAGAUAGAUAGAUAGAUAGAUAGAUAGAUAGAUAGCAUUACUAGAGCAAAAAACAGUGAAAAUAAAAAAGGUCCCUACUGUCAAUUCAUACUGUACUGCUUUUAGACACCAGAGGGCAGGAUAGCACUGAUUUUAAACAGGAGCCAUGAAUCCAUAAUGCAGGAUUAUGCUUUUCAGGUCCUGUCAUCCAGGAACCCUUUAAAUCUAAACUGCUGAUCGCCCAACCACCUAUCUAAGUGAUUGGAUUUGAUCAUAUCUGAUACCCAUUUUGAUUGACUAUCUCAUCACUGCAAUAGCAAUUGUCUGCUUUCAUCACACUGAGUUGAACACAGACUAACGUACAAUGUAGGCCACAGCAGGGUGGGAUUACCAUAGAGGUAGUUGUAAUUUGAAGAGAAUAUUAGACAGUGCAGAGCCAGAAUAUAAAGACAGAGCAGGAUUAAACAGGUCAGGCAAGCAUAAAAAAAUUCCUCUUUCCCCUCAGCUUUUCACUGUGAACAGAUUAUCAUUCUUUCUCCACCUCUGCUUAUAACUCACUCCCUUUUCCCCCUUCAGUAAUCAUCUGUUUCUGACUGUAUGUUUGCAUUGAUUUCCAGCAAUGAUUUAUUUUGCUUUGUAAACGAUAUAGUAAAAUAAAAAGAUCACAGUUCACCAAAGACAUAGAAAAAAGAAAAGAAAUUCAAAAAAAGGGAAGACUCACAAAGGGAAGGAAAAGUGUUGCCUCAGCCUGGCAUUUCAUUUAAUAGUUUUACAAUACACAGGGUUGCAUAACAUAGUGUUGUAAAAAUUGUAUAGCAUGAGGGGAAGUAGUUUCUUCUGUAUUCUGUCUAUUAAGUAAUUUUUUUAUUAUCAUUUAUUUCUUUAUUUAUUGCCAGCCCAAUUUUUACAUUCUUCUUAUUUGAUAAUAAUUUGUAUAUUUGAUUAUGUUACAUAAAAUUUUAUUUUAUUGUUAGCCAAAAAGUGUGUUUUUGGGUUUGCUUUUGUUUUUUUGGUAAUUGUCAAGAUAAAAAUCUGAAGAAAGCAUCAAUAACCCUGAGUUAGUGAUAUUUUCACAAAAACUGUGUAUCCUAGUAUUUAAUCCACUACUGUGCUAACAAAUUAAAUUUCAUAUUCCAUCUAAGUGAUCGAGUGUUCAGUGGAUGGAGGGGGUAAUCUUUAUGGUCUGAGUAUCUCUUUAAAUUCUCAAUAAUUCUCAGUAAUUCUCAAAACGAAGAGAUGUGAAUCUAAAGAUGAAAGAUAUAGAAGUAAUAAAGAUUAAAGGGUACUGACACUCAACUAGAGACAAUGAACCAGCAGGCCAACAGUGAGAACACUCACAGCAUAAUAUGCUGCAAAUGAUAUCGUCAGAGAGAUUAUAUAAAAAUCUGAAAAAAGAAAAGGAUGAAAAAGAGUAUGGUGAGGUUAAGUAUUGCUUUAAAGUAUUUAAUGCACUGCUAGAGCUGACAGAUGCUGCGUAGAGAAUUAAGCAAAGCUGAGGUUUAUCACAGUGAAUUUCCCAUGACUAUCAUGUACUUAAGUGUAUGCCUAUGUGCACAUUAGUGAUAAAGGUACAAACUGUCUAUACAUAUGUCUAUACAACCCUGCCUCAGCCUUGGGGAUAAGGUGAAGAGCACAAUCAUUUGGGAAGGGCUCAGAGGGGAGCUAGUGGUCCUCUGCAGCCCAGACAGGUUGGGGAGAUAAAGCAUUGCCCCUCAGUAAUUGAAAGCAGAUGAUUGGAUGUAUAACAAAGUGUUCAUCAAAGUAUUCCUAAGCGUUAAACUAGCAGUUUCCAACUUAUAUGCCUUUUUUGACCCUUUACAAUGUGAGGAGUGUCUAGCUGUCAUAUUUUAAAUGCUACCAAGAACUUCAAAUCAAAUUGUUAAGAGCAUUUUUCCUUUAAAUGUUACGUAGUUACAUAAAUGUUUCAAGUUUCAAUAACUGUUUGAAGACAAAAGUAAGAAAUAUAUUAUAAUUUACCCAGUAUUGUAGAUAUGUAAAAAUUGUUGUUGUGUACCUCCACAUCAACCAGCUGUAUCAAUAACAUGCUCCCUACAAACUGAAGAAUCACAUCUAACAAUGCCACAAGUUAGAAAUCUAUCAGUCAUGUGGGCCUUCUGAUAAUUUUACUUUAAUAAUUGUUUCACAGUUCAUUGUUUUGCAGUACUAAUCAUCAAUCAACCAAUCAAGUCCUUAAAGCCUGAACCAUGAAAUAACUGUCAUGAAAUUCAAAUACUUUGAAAAUGGAUUGUUUUGUUUUUUUUAAAAUGCAGCUUAUUUUGGUUUUUAGGGAGAAAAAGUAACACUAAAGAUGUAGCAGUCUCAAAAGCUCAUAGAAACUCAUGAUUCAAACAUGAUGCACUUGGUUUUAAAUGAUUAAAUGUAGCAGAGUAUUUUUGAAACGCUGCUGUUGGUACUUAAAUAAUGCGCUUGGUUAGUGCAAAUGUUGAUGGAAAAAUGUAAAUUUGGUAUAAGAUACAAACUAAGUAAAUACUCCCAAAUCCCCAGAAUGUCAAUAUUUACAAACACGUUGACACAAUGCGAAAGAACAGGUCCAUUAUGAUUUAUACAUGCUUACUGAUUUAUACAUGCAAACAUACAUGCAUGUAUUGUAUUAUACAUUCCAAUAAAAGAUCACUUAAAGCUGGAGAAGUGGAAGUA